UGUUGGACCUGUUAAUGUUGGAAACUAUCAUUUUGUCUUUGAGGCAGACCCUCCAGACCCAUCAAAAAUCCGUGAAGAGGAUAUUAUUGGCGUCACAGUAUUGCUAUUGACAUGUUCUUAUAUGGGCCAGGAAUUUGUUCGAGUAGGAUACUAUGUUAACAAUGAUUAUAAUGAUGAACAAUAAGGGA